AAACUAGAUGAUGAAAACAAAUGAAAUGAUUUAAGUUGAAAAUAUAUAAGUUAAAAAAGGAACUGUAAUAGGUAAAGGGACUUAUGGAGUUGUAUAUUAAGCAUAAAGUAAAGAUGGCAAUCUUGUUGCUCUAAAAAUGUAAAUGCUCAUAACUGAACAUGAAAUGGAGGUAUUAAAAAGUCUUUAAGGAAAAAAUUUUGAAAACUUAAUUUAAAUUUUUGCUUUUGAAGAAUAAGGAAAUGGAAUUUACAUCAUAAUGGAACUUGGAAAAAACAUUGAUUUAAACAGCCUUCCUGAUAAAAGAAUGGCUUGUUUGCAAGUAAAAAACUUUUUUAUAUUUUAGAUGGCUUAAGGUGUUUCUGAAUUACAUAAAUUAAAUUUUUUCCAUCGAGAUUUGAAACCAUCGAAUUAUGUUAUUGGCAAAGAUAAUAAAAUAAAAUUGAUAGAUUUUGGUCUAGCAAAAACGAUUGCAAAUGAAGCUCAAACCAAAGGAAGAGGAACUAGAUUAUAUAUAGCACCAGAAGUAUAUAUCACCUAAGAUUAUGAUGAAUCUGUUGAUAUAUGGUCUUUAGGUCUUAUCUUUUAUGAAAUUUUUACAAAUAGUAAAUUUUUUGAAACAAGUUAUGACUAUGAGUUAAUGAAACAAAAAAUCGAAAUAACAUAAUUUUAAAUAAAUUAAAAAUUAGAAAAAUAAGAAAAAAAGAAAAUUAUAAAUAAAUAGUAAAAAGAAUUAUUAUAAAAAAUGAUCAUUCAAAGAUUAGAUAAUGAAGGAAAAAUAGUUAAGUCUAUAACAAGACCGAGCAUUGAUGAAGUGAUUAAUAUGAUAAAGAAAUUUAAUGAUUUAGGAUAAACUUAAUAACAAGUUUAAGUUUAAUAGCAAAAGUGA